ACAAUCGUUCGAUUUCUAAAAAUAACAAUACCCAAUAAGUUUAAAAAUCAACAGAAACCAGUCACCAAAUAGCGAGAAAAAAAUCUUCUCUCAAUUGUUCAAAAGAAAAGGUAUGCCCACUUUUCCCGAUUUUCGAUGUAUCGUGCAAAAAAUCAUUUUCCUAGUGCUCAACAAGUUCUCACUCGAAUAAUUUUCCACGCGAACUGGAAACUAUAACAUCAAAAAAUCAUCACCUCGAAAGAACUCAUUCUUCUAUUUCAAUUUCCGAGUAAAUAUGACUUUCUCACGUUAAUAAACUCAGGAAGUGCGAAAUCGCCCGAUGCUCCCCCGACAUCGUCAAUCACCGACUGUGUACACAAACACCAGGAACUUUCCUCCACUAGUGUGUGAAAAACGUCAAAACAUUUACGAGGCAUGUCAGAAAAAUUGCAUUCUACGCCGCAUAAAUGUCAAGUGUGAAGAAAAAGUCAUCCCUUCACGAGUCAGAACUCUCGAAACCGAAGUACGUGAAAAAAUUAAAUUUCGGACAGAGGUUAGAAUCUAACCUCAAAAUCGAUCAAGAGAUCGCCGAGAAAAAUGCAGGCAAUUGUCUCGCUGAAAAACGGGAUAAUCAGUCAUUCGUGAACGAGUGGCUGAGUAAGAACGAGGGUUUUUUCGAGGCGGAUAAUUUUGUUUAUCCCUCCUCUCCGGUUUUGGGGUCGUCGUUUACGAAGCGGACGCCCGGGUCGCCGAUUGUCGGGAAUCUCAGGAAACGACGUAGAAGGUUUUCUUUCAAGGAAACUCCAAGUGAAAAGGGAUUUUCUGAACUUCUGGAUCAUCCGAAAAGGAAAAAUGCAUCCGUCAAUUCGUGUCAAUCGAGUCCAACCGCGCAAAGUGGAAGUCAAGAAAAUAUGCCUUUGUUCAACAAAUCGCCGGUUCUUGUUGAUAAAGUUGGAUCGAGAAAAUUCCGGAAGAAGAGACUUUCGGCGGGAAAAACUGGUUCCGUGAAAUUAGACAAUAGUUUACAAUCAGUGAGUGUGGAAACGUCGAAAUUCCAUGAGAGGGAAGUAAUCCGGGAUGAAGACGAGGAAACUUUUUAUGAGGAAAAAGUCGAGGAAAUAGUUGAAGACAAAAUCGAGGAACUCGAGAGUGUACAUAAUUCUAAAUCGAGUGCAAAGGAUUUUUGUGUUUUCAAGAAGAGUCCCAAAGUGUUUGAAGACGAUGAAAGUACUUUUAUUGAAGAAGUUACGGAAUCGGAAGAGACUCAGAGCGAUUUUAUAGAAGAUGUGGAUACACCGGAUGUGUUUUUCAAUAAUUUGAAAGAGAAGCCGGUGAUUUUGAAGGAAAAGAUUCCAGUUCGUUGCCAAUCGCCUUCGAAGGAUUCGGAGGAGACUUUUUUUUCGGGUGCCGGAAGUUGUCAAUCUCAAUUUAGGCAGCAACCUUCUCAGAAAAUUUCUGAGAUUUCUUCUUCGAAAAUCAAGGCUGAUAGUUUGAGUCAAGCUUAUAAUAUAAUAGUGGAAGCGGAGUCACCGAAAAAUGUGGAAUCGUUUGUCAAUAUUUUGAAAACUGAGGAAAAGAAGCGGAGGUUGAAAAAAGGAAGCUUAGCGGCUAAACUACAAAACCUAGUGGACACCGAAAGAUCUUUUAUGCGAAUUUGGCAUCAUAAAAUAUCCCAAAAAACUUUUCAAAACGACAACAUUCAAUUUGUCGAUUUGUGUAUUAAAAAAUGCUACAUAUCUUAUAACAGACAAUUUGCAUAUUGUAUUUUAAUCGCCGAUACAUAUAAUCUCCUAAAAGACGUUGAAAAUUUCCAGACUGCACCAGGUUCAAAAUCGCAAAAUUUAAAAAACAAAAACUCAAUUAAUAAGUUAAUAACAGUAAUGACAAUUCCCGAAUUUGUAGGCAAACUUAACGCAGAAAGGGGAAAACGUUUAAAAGUUUAUCCCCCUUUUCAAAUUCUUGAUUGUGAAAAUAUUAUAAUAAGUGUUACGUAUUUUACUCUCGAUGGAAAAGUAAAUCUUGGGAUGGAUGAAGAAGAAAGUAAGGAAAGUGUAGAAAGUAAAAUAAUAGAGAAAUUCGAUUGUGUUUGCAUUGAGGAAGGAAAAAUUGUUGAUGAUUGCGGUCAUAGGUUCGAGAAUAAGAAGUCAAAUGUGAUCAAAGAAAUCUUUAUGGCAACAAUGUCGAUAGGACAGGAUCGGCCGGAACUGUACGAAGAAGUAAAAUUGUACAAGAAUGCCCGGGAACGUGAAAAAUAUGAUAAUCAAGCCGACUUGUAUGCAGUUGUAAAUACACUUCAGCAUCUCGAGAAGGCCUACAUUAGAGACUGUGUCACGCCUAAAGAGUACACAGCAGCUUGCAGUAAAUUAUUAGUGCAAUAUAGAGCAGCUUUUAAACAGGUACAGAGCGAUCAGUAUCCGACAAUCGACGCAUUCGCGAGAGCUUUUAGACUCGACUGUCCGGCAGCUCUCGAGAGAAUCAAGGAAGACAGGCCAAUCACGAUAAAGGACGACAAGGGCAACACUUCAAAGUGCAUCGCCGACAUUGUCUCUUUAUUCAUCACUCUGAUGGACAAGCUCCGUCUCGAGAUAAAAGCCAUGGACCAGCUCCAUCCGGAUCUGCGUGAUCUCAUGGACACCAUGAAUCGUUUGAGCAUUCUUCCGAGCGACUUUGAUGGUAAGCAAAAGGUCGCCGAUUGGCUGCAAACUCUGAACAAUAUGUCCGCCUCGGAUGAACUCACGGACACCCAAGUUCGCCAACUCAUCUUCGACCUCGAGACUUCCUACAACGCUUUCAACAAGAUACUACAUAAUUCCUAAAAUUUUUCAUUGUUUUCUCGGAUAGAUGAGACGUGGAAUUUAUUUUUCGCCAAUUAGGGAUGUUUGAUUCUUUGAAAGCGGAGUGUCUACUGAAUUGAAGAAGUUGGAAAAAAACUGGAUUUUUUUUCUUUUUUAAUCAGGGAGUU